AUGGCUGCAUCACAUCCUGCACGUCUCAAGGGUAUUCUAUCAGUAACUGUACUAAAAGCUAACAAUUUAAUCAAAGGUGAUUUAUUUGGCCAGAAUGAUUGUUAUGCAGUGAUUUCACUUGAAGAUCUUCCCUUAAACGCAAAAAUGGAGGCUGGAGAUAAGUCACAACAAACAGAAACAUGCCAGCAGACGCAGAUUCACGAUGGUUGUGAUCCCAUUUUCAAUGAAAAAAUUUUAUUUCCUAUAACAAAGGAAUUAAAUACGCUGCACAUUCAACUAUGGGAUUCAGAUAUUGGAAAUGACGAUCUUUUAGCUCAUGGAACAUUUAGUUUCUCAGACAAUAAUCAAGGCGGUCAAUUUAAUAUGAAUACGAACAAAGAAUGGCUUCAUACCGUAACUAUUUCCAUGGCCAAUAGAAAACGUGGACAUGGUGGUACACUAGAACUUGUUCUUCAUUUUAUUCCAGAGACAAUCGGUGUCUAUAUCGGCAAAAAAUUCAAUGCUGCUCAAGCAGAGGUGAAGAAGAAAUUGACACAACAGAUAGUAGGAAAAAUGACCAACGUGGCUUCAGACAAAAUUCGAGGAUACGUUGGCAUCAGUGAUUGA